AUGCGGAUCGCAAUAAUUCUUGUUGUGAUUUUCUUUUCAUUUGCUUUGUCAUGUCAAAACUUUGACAAGUACAUGAAUAUGUUCUGUAAAUAUGGACAAGAGGCUACUCCUUGUACCGUAGAAAACUACGCUGCCCUGAAAGCUUCGUGUUGUGCAAUGAAAGGAAACUGUGCCUACAACGAUUUUCCGAAGGAUCGUGUCUGCUGUUUUACUGAUGAUUGUCUCAAGAGAUGCUUUCCUGGAAAAUUAUACAAGAAUGGACAAGUCUAUUGA